CAGAGCUUCUGUGUCCUCCUCCCUCUCCCAGCUCAGACUGAGCCGGGCUCCUCUGGGUUAUUUUGAGGUGGUCUUAUCGCAGCUGCUGUAUCUGUAGUGGCAGCCUGUCCAAGCCCCUCACCACUCUUUCCUUUUCCCUUCUGGCCCUUAGUCCUGAAACUCCCCUCCCUGUUGGUUCUGGAGCAGAAUAAUGGAGGUUUGUCAGGAGAACAGUGCUGCGCCCGCGGUUCCUGAGGCGUCGCCAGCCGAGGGUCAGCACAUUGACCUGACAGAAGACCUGGGCCAGCAGCUGGAGGACAUCAUUAGCACCUACCAGGCUGCGGAGGUUCCCACCGAGCCAGAGGACACGGAGGAGGUCACAGCCGUCAAAGAGGCAGACGCCCGCAAGGACCAGAAACUGGAGAGGAAGAUGCUCAAAAGCCUAGGCAAAGAAGCCAUGGUGCUGAUGCAGAGUCUCAGCAAACUGGACACGCCAGAGCAGAAACUGGAGGCCAUCAUCAAGAAGCACGCUGAGCUGUUGGAGGAGCAUCGCGGCGAUCAGAAACAGCUGAAGGUUCUGCAGAAGAAGCUGCUGCAGGUGAUGAAGGAGAAGGACCAGCUGCAGAGCGAGCACAGCAGGGCCGUGCUGGCGCGCAGCAAACUGGAGGGCCUGUGUCGAGAGCUGCAGCGGCACAACAAGACCUUGAAGGAGGAGACGCUGCAGAGGUGCCGCGAGGACGACCUGAAGAGGAAGGAGAUCACCACCCACUUCCAGGGGACGCUCGGCGAGAUCCAGGCCCAAAUCGAGGAGCACAGCAGCCGCAACACCAAGCUGUGCCAGGAGAACAGCGCGCUGGCGGAGAAGCUGAAGGGACUCAUUUCACAGUACGACCAGCGCGAGGCGAACCUGGAGAAGGUCUUUAAGCACCGAGACCUGAAGGAGAAGUUGCUGGAGACCAAACUCACGCAGGCCAACGUGAUACUGAAGGAGGCCGACGACAAGCACAAGCUGGAGAGGGAGCACCUGCUAAAACAGGCGGCGGAGUACAAAUUGCAAGUGAAGCUGUUGAAAGAGGGGGAGCUUGAAAUGAGGAAGCAGCUCGACAUGUACUCCCAGAAGUUUGACGAAUUCCAGGGCACCGUAUCAAAGAGUAACAGCGUCUACAGCAGCUUCAAACAGGACAUGGACAAAAUGGCCAAGAAAAUGAAAAAGCUGGAGAAGGAGUGUCAGUCAUGGAGGACUCGCUUUGAUGCCUGUAAUAAGAAUCUCAUCGACAUGGUGGCAGAUAAAGCAAUUAAAGAGAAGGAGUUUGAACUCGUCACUCUCAAGAACCAGAAGCUCGAGAAUCUGUGCAGGGCUUUGCAGGAGCAAAGGAAGAGUCUGUAUGAAAAGGCUCAUCCACAGGAGCUCAGCCCUGCUGCACCAGCCGAGGAGGAGGCCCCCGACGUACAGGCGGCCCCCGAGGGCCCCGAGGGCGACCAAUCCACACAGAGCGCCGCUGCUCCUGCCCAGACGCCCCAAUCGCCCCUCACCGAGGAACUGGACAGGCUCCGGGCUGAGCAGGCCCGUCUGAAGGAGAUCGCAUGCUCUUUCACCGUCUCUUAUGUUGUACCCGCAGAGGCGUCCGUCGGCCAGUCGCAAGGCCUCCCUGAAGCCGAGCCGCAGCCGCACGGAGGAGCGGAGCGGAACGGCCUCCAGGACGCCCGAGACGACGCACAGCAACGACAGAGAGAACUGGAAAUGGAGUCAGUGGAUUAAUGCUGCGAAUACCGUGAACAAACAACCACCAGGCUGGCGUAAUGUUCAUAGCAAUAAAAAGAAAAACGCCCGCUUUGA